AGCCGCUUCGGCUCAAUUACGGAGGAGUCGCCCUUUGGGCUCGGCUGGGCCAGUCCAGCGUGCCAGCCGCAAUGGAUACGACAGACGUGCUCGGAGACUACCAUGAGCACAUCGACGACGACGCCUUCCUCUGCUGCCCAGUCCCCCACAACAGCAGCGUGGCAGGCGUGAUCAUGAAAAACAGGCUCGACAGGCUGCAUAAUCUCUCGGUCAAGAACUUGCACCUGUCGAUCGUGUGCAUGAUGUACAUUGGCGUCAACGUCGUCUGCAUCACCUUGAACAGCAUGAGCGAGGAGGGUCGGGAAGCGAACGAAUUGGUCUUCCACCUGCUCGAGUUCUGGGCGACCUUUGUCUUCUCGGUCGUGCAAGUGUAUUCGCUCACCUUUUCCCCGCGUAGCCUCGGCGCUGUUUAUAGUAACCCUUUGGUCCUCAAACUGGUCGUCUUCUUCAACGUGGUGGCCACUUUCAUAUCGGCGCUGCUGGUAACUGUCAGCCUUGAGAGCUUCGAAGCCCCGUCGCACGAGCUGGAGUAUUUCAACGAAAUAACCAUGGCUUUUGUGGACGUCGUCCUGUUUGCGGUAGUUGUCAGACAGGCCGGGAACUGCUCCACCCUUCUCACAACACUGGUCGCCCUUGUGGUUGCCGUGGUGCAGCUGCUCAUCUACAACCUGCUCGACGGGCCCGGCGGAGGGUUCGGCGAGCAGUUGGCCCACUUCUUCGAGUUCGCCUUCGAGAUCUCUAGCGCCUUCAUCUCGGCGGCCCACCAGAGGUCCUGUGCGACCGGAAGAUCAAGCUGCUGCUGCGGAAGCAGCAGGGGGCCUCCGUGUGCGCCGCGCAGGCCGCCGGGGGGCAGGCCGCGGGCCCCGGAGCGGGUGCGGUCCCGUGAUCGCUGGCCAUGCGCCAGUGGCGGGGGGGGCUGGUCUCCGCCAGGCCUGCAUAUGGGGGCCCAGCUCCGGCGGCGCGCAGAGACGGGGCGGGCCGAUGAGCGGCUCUCGGUGCGCGUCGUCGCUCUGCGCCGGCUGGGGCCGCGAGGUCGCUGCGGCUCUCGCUGCGCCGGCAUCGGCCGGGGGCCAGCCGGCGCGGGCGCUUCGGUGUGGAUUCGAUGCGGGGCGGCUCGCUGUCGAUCAGAGCCCCGAAUCAUCAGGGGUAACUCGGGCCAGGGAUAGCUCGGGUUCGUUUUUCGGGAAUCCGAACCCGAGUUGCCUCGGACCCGAGUUACCCCGGAUAGCUCGGGCGCCCAAGUCGAUGCGAUCCAGUUCCGACCCGAGUCGGCUCCGCGAGGCGACGCGGCCGAGGCCUGGCGGCCAGGGCCCCGGAGGCCAGGACCUUGCCACCGAGGGGUUCUAGGAGGGGAGCAGACCCCCCCUCGCGCCCCGCCCCUUCUCUUCUGCGCGCCGCCGGUCAGCCUGCGCUCGCG